UAUAAGUGCACUGUUAUCUACCGUCUCUCUCUGCCACAUCCGUUACUGAAGGCAGCCGCUCUACGACUGCGUGUGCUCUGUUUUUGUCGUAGUAGCUGAGCUGAGAGGGCCGAGAUGGGUUUCUUGGUCGCCGCCAGCGCCAGGAGCUACGUCGUUGCUGCUGCUCUCCUCUGUGUGAUCCUUCCUUGCCACGCGAAGCUCUCCACCAGGUUUUACGCCAGGACGUGCCCGAACGUGGAGGCCAUCGUGCGGUCGGUGAUGGCGCCGGCCGUCGCCGGGGAGCCGCGGAUGGGCGCGUCCAUCAUCCGGCUCUUCUUCCACGACUGCUUCGUCAACGGGUGUGACGCGUCGAUCCUCCUGGACGACACGCCGACCUUCACCGGCGAGAAGAACGCCGGCGCGAACGCCAACUCCGUGCGCGGCUACGAGGUGAUCGACGCCAUCAAGGCGCGCGUCGAGGCGGCCUGCAAGGCCACCGUCUCCUGCGCCGACAUCGUCGCAUUGGCAGCCCGCGACGCCGUCAACCUGCUGAGGGGCCCGAGCUGGAACGUGCCGCUGGGCCGGAAGGACUCGCGCACGGCGACCCAGAGCGCCGCCGACGCGAACCUCCCGGGGCCCGGCUCCAGCGCCGCGUCGCUCGUGUCGGCGUUCGCGGCCAAGGGGCUCUCGGCGCGCGAGAUGACGGCGCUCUCCGGCGCGCACACCGUGGGGCGGGCGCGCUGCGUCGUCUUCCGCGGCCGCAUCUACGGGGAGUCCAACAUCAACGCCACCUUCGCGGCGGCGCGGCGGCAGACGUGCCCGCAGGCCGGCGGGGACGGCAACCUCGCGCCGUUCGACGACCGGACGCCGGACGCGUUCGACAACGGCUACUACACCAACCUGGUGGCGCGGCGCGGGCUGCUGCACUCGGACCAGGAGCUCUUCAACGGCGGGUCGCAGGACUCCCUGGUGAGGAAGUACAGCGGUAAUGGCAAGAUAUUCGCCGGCGACUUCGCCAAGGCCAUGGUCAAGAUGGGUGGCCUCUUGCCGGCCGCCGGGACGCCCACGGAGGUCAGGUUGAACUGCAGGAAGGGGCUGUCGCCGCGGGACAUGACGGCGCUCUCCGGCGCGCACACCGUCGGGCAGGCCCGGUGCACCACCUUCCGCGACCGCAUCUACAACGACGCCAACAUCAACGCAUCGUUCGCCGCGCUCCGACAGCAGACGUGCCCGCAGCCAUCCGGCGGCGAAGGCACGCUCGCGCCCAUCGACGCGGCGACGCCGGAGAAGUUCGACAACUACUACUACCAGAACCUGGUGAGCAAGCAGGGCCUUUUCCACUCCGACCAAGAGCUGUUCAACGGCGGGUCGCAGGAUGAGCUGGUGAAGAAGUACAGAGGCAACGCUGGCAUGUUCGCCGCCGACUUUGCCAAGGCGAUGGGGAGGAUGGGCAGCCUCAUGCCAUCGGCAGACACGGCCACGGAGAUCAGGUUGGACUGCAAGAAGGUCAACUAAUGUCAAUUGGACCACGAAUCUUUUCUGAGGGCUGGCCGCGAUCAAUAUCCAGUCCAGUCGAACUGGAGAGGGCUGUGGUAAGAUCAGUAAACAGUGUAAAAGGGUUGUCAAGUGUUCACCGAUGUUCCAAUGUCAACAUGGAGCUAAUUGUUUAAAUAUAUAAACUACUGGUAAGAUGCAAUGGGCUCAUAAAAGUUCAGAUAGAAAUUUAUUUACUAAAGUUAUAUUCUUUUCAUUUGAAAUUACUUGUCAUAAAAAUAGAUAAAAAAGAAUAUACUUUCAUAACAAGUAUUUUCGGAUGAGGGAAUAGUCAACAACCAGUACAUUACAACAGUGAUGGACCCAGGCCCCAAGCAGACAGAGACUUGCCCUCGGCGUGGCCAGCUGAGUCUUUGUUGGUUAUAGGUAUAGCUAUAGUAUUUUGUA